AUGAAUGACAGUGGACGGUUACUGCAUGGAUCGAAUGAAGUACGUGUCCAUCCCACCAACUAUAACACCGUCUUUGGCCUCAAAUUUGUGGAUGACGUCGACAGGAAGUCACUCGAAUCCCUUGUGGAUCCCGUAGCCCGUUUCCUUCAAACUGAAGCCGACACGAAGCUACGUGAUGCCAAGGACAUGGCUAAAGAUAUUCUGCAGUUUGUGCGUGACAAUCCCACUCUUCUGGCGGAUGUCGAAAAAAUAGUGGACAUCGGUGGGGAAAAAGCUGUUUACAAUCUCCUAAACGCCUUUCUUGAGUAUCACGAAACGAGUCAGCGCAUUCGGAGGUCAGCUGCUAAUUUCGACCAGGGUGGAAAGAUGCAGGAGAAACCCAACCUUCUUGAGGACAACCAAGUGGAGGAUAUCGUCAAAAAGAAUCCCAAUGACGACCAGCCUGCUGACGGAAAAUUGAACAAGAAGGGUGUCGUCGAUUCGAAGGCGGCAGAGAGAAAGGCCGACGCUGAAUCUGAUGGAGCACACAGAAAGGGAGCUGUCGGCGCCAAUGGCGGCAAUCUCGCUGUCCAGCCGAACGCGGCAGUUGCUGGUGAUGCAGCUAAACCG